AAUUUGCACCUUCCCAGUUGGGUGUACUUCUGGACUUGAAUCUUCUCUCUGCGCCUCUUGGAGCUUGUUCACCCAGUGACAAAUACUUUAAGGUUGAUACCCCGUCUUCUUAUUUACUGGAGAAGCUCCAGCCCCACGGAACUCUGGCCCAGCUCUGGGAUGACUUUGGAGAUCUCCAUGUUUCUGAGCGUUCGUCCUGGCAGCAGAUGGCUGCUUCAACCACUGACAAUUUUGCUGCUGUUGGCUUCUGCAGACAGGCAAACUGCAGAUUUCCCAAAGGCUAUGGUGAAACUUGAGCCCCCAUGGAUCCAAGUGCUCCAGGAGGACUAUGUGACACUGAAAUGCCAAGGAAUUCACAACUCUGGGAACCAUUCUACCCAGUGGUUCCACAAUAGGAGACUCAUCCUGACCCAGCCUCAGUCCAACUACAGAUUUAAGGCCAAGAAAAAUGACAGUGGGGCAUACAGGUGCCAAAUGGACCAGAUCAGUCUCAGCGACCCAGUGCAUCUGGAUGUGCUUUCUGACUGGCUUCUGCUCCAGACUACUCAACUGGUGUUCCAGGAGGGGGACACCAUCAUGUUGAGGUGCCACAGCUGGAAGAACAACCCUCUGAACAAGAUCACAUUCUACCAGAAUGGAAAUUCCAAGCAGUUUUCCCAUUUCAAUAACAAGUUCUCCAUUCCAUUAGCAAACCAAAGUCACAGUGGUGAUUACUACUGCAAAGGAAGUGUAGGAAGGAAGUCCUACUCAUCAAAAUCUGUGACCAUCACUGUCCAAGGCCCAACAAUUCCAUACAUCUCUCUACCUUGGUACCAAAUCACUUUUUUCUUGGUGAUGGGACUCCUGUUUGCAGUGGACACUGGGAUGUAUUUCUCUGUUCAGCGAGAUCUUCAAAGCUCAGUGGAGAACCGGAGGAAUUACAAAGUCAGAUGGUGCCAUGGCCUUCAGGAUAAAUGAUUCCUCAUCCUGUGGCAUAACAGAAGUAGCAGCGGCAUCUCUUCAGGGCACAUAGCCCCUCUUGCAAGCUAAGGAGCCACCUUUUUGUCACUUCUUUGCUCAAAACCAUUUAAUAGCUUCCCUUGCACUUGGAGUUUAGCUAAAACCUUUGCAAUGUUUUACAAAAUGCUUGUUUUCCUUCCUUACUCUUCAUUAUUCUUGCUCUUUAUUGAACACACUAAUUACACUUUUGCACAAAGCCUGUUAUAUUUUCUGUUUCAGGAAUAUUCUUUCUUACAGAUACCUAUAUCAUGUUUCAUCAUGUCCAUUAUGGUUUUAAUAUGGAUUGUGCCCCUGAAAACUUGUGUUGAGGCUUAGUCUUCAAUAUGUUAGUGUUGGGAGGUGGGGUCCAGUGGGAUGUUUUUGGGUCAUGGAAACACAGCCUUCAUGCAUUAAUUAAAACUUUUCUUGAGGUAGUAUGUUAGCUAUCAUGGUAAUUUGACCAUUUUCUCUCUUUCCAGUGCUUCCACUUGCCCUUGUACUUUUCUCCCAUGCAUAGAGCCCCAAAGGCUCUCAUCAGAAGCUGAGCAGACAUGGUCACCUGAUCUUGGCCUUCCAGCCUCCAGAACUGCAAGCUAAACAAACCUUUUUUCUUUAUAAGUUAUCCUGUCUCAGAUGUUUUGCUAUAGCAACAGAAAAUGAAUUAAGACAAUGUUACUCCUUUAGAUUUUUACUGAAAUGUCACCUUAUUAAUGACAUCUCCAUUCACCUACCAUUAUCCUAAUUCUCCUCUCCUGCUUUAUUUUUCUUCAUUGUACUUAUCACCAACUGAUAUACUGUAUAUUGUUUGUUGUCUAACCACCCCUACUCCUACAUUAGAAUAUGAGCCCAGGACAGGUCUUUGUCAGUUUUGUUUACUACAGCUUACUCAGGGCCUAGUUCAGUAUCUGGCACAUAAUAAAACACUAAAAUAAUUAUGGAAUGAGUAAAUUCUUUGAUGUUUGAAAUCAAGGAAAUUUAAGACUGGAAAAUGCUUAUAAACAAGGUAGUCCAACCUCCUUAUUUUAAAACCAAGGAAUCUGUGGCCCAGAUAAGUGAAAUGACUUGCUUAAGAGCAUAUGGGCAGUUGGUGUGACAAACCUUUACAUUGUUAUGGGGCACAACUUAAG